UUCAGGAUGAAGAGCCGGUGGCUCGGGCACUCUCAGUCCAGACUCAGAGCUGCGACCGUCCACCUCGACAUCUACAGACUCGAGACCUCGACGACCACCAUGGCAGCUUACGGAUGCGCAAUGGGACUUCUGCUGCUUCUCGUUGCUUGUGGAGGCAACCCGCUGUACGACUACCAACCAUUCGUGGGAUACCAUUACCCUGAUCCGACGACGGGAGCGGCCGGAGGCGGCUACUACUACAACCCCCCGGUGGCGGCUCCAGCGGCCGUUGCCACCGGUUUCUUCCCGCAGCACGUGCCCGCCUUCACGCUCACACAGGUUAGCAGGUCGGCCAUCUGCACGCUCGUCAACACGUCCAUGUCGGAAGUCUCGGGCGAGGUGCGGCUGUUCCAGGGCAGCCCGCACGAGCCGGUGGUGGUGUCUGGGGUUGUGAGCGGCCUGGAGCUGGGGCUGCACGGCUUCCACGUGCACCGCGAGGGCAAGCUGGGCAACGACUGCGCCGACGCCGGGCCGCACUUCAACCCCGACAACUCUACUCACGGCGGCCCUCACGAUGAGAAGCGUCACGCGGGAGACCUGGGCAACAUCGAGGCCGGCCCCACUGGUGUGGCCGACUUCGCGGUGCUCAGCGACCGGCUGUCGCUGGUGCCCGAGAGCAAGUACUACGCCGUGGGCCGCGCCGUCGUCGUCCACCAGAAGGAGGACGAUCUGGGCAAGGGCGGCAACGACGAGUCGCUGCGCACAGGCAACGCGGGAUCGCGUCUCGCCUGCUGCGUCAUCCGGCCCCUGCACUUCUGAGGCGACCGACCAGUCCCGCUGUACACGGCCUACCACUCAGGAGGCACCGGACACCUAGGCGUAUGUGGAACAAGAACAUGUGGUCGCUGACGGCAGCUGUCGGAAACAGUAGGCCAGCGAAUUUGGCAACACUGGUGAACUCUCCCCAACAGAUGUGUUUACAUGACUCGAAGACAUGUGAUCAGAACUAUUGCAUGAUGUGGCUACGGACAUUAUAAAAAAAUCAAAAAUGUUCAAAUGUGUGUGAAACUUAUGGGACUUAACUGCUAAGGUCAUCAGUCCCUAAGCUUACACACUACUUAAUCUAAAUUAUCCUAAGGACAAACACACAUGCCCAUUCCCGAGGGAGGACUCGAACCUCCGCCGGGACCAGCCGCACAGUCCAUGACUGUAGCACCUCAGACCGCUUCCAUAACUGCAGCGCCUCAGACCGCUCGGCUAAUCCCGCGCGGACAUUACAAAAAGAUAAAAAAAUAACAUGGCUCCAAUUCUUACUGUAUGUUGUACUGGUCUAAACUAGAAAAAACAUGUGUCAUAAAACAAAAUAAAUGUUGGGAUAGGGGCCAUCCUGUCUUAUAAUAGCAAUCUGUCCGUGGACACAACAGCAUCUGCUCAGUGUAAUUACCAUUACUUCUUAUCCUUCAGUCCACAAACUCUUGCAAAUACACCUGACAGCCCCUAGACUUGCUCAAAUGCAUGUGGCGGCAAACACUCCUAUCGAUGAGUGUGGAAUACACCAAUGUCUUUAAACACCCUCAUUGCCAAAUAUCAAAGGGAUUAAGUUCAAGUGAACGGGGAAGCUAUGUUACUGAACCUCGCUCAUUAAACCUAUGUACUGGGUACUUUUGUAGUUGUCUUUGCCGGCCGGAGUCGCCGAUAGGUGCUAGGCGCUACAGUCUGGAACCGCGCGACCACUACGGUCGCAGGUUCGCAUCCUGCCUCGGACAUGGAUGUGUGUGAUGUCCUUAGGUUAGUUAGGUUUAAGUAGUUCUAAGUUCUAGGGGACUGAUGACCUCAGAAGUUAAGUCCCAUAGUGUUCAGAGCCAUUUGAACCAUUUUUAGUUGUCUUUCAUCAAGGUUGCAUGUUUCCAAUAGAGCACACAGAUAUUGGUGAUCGUCACCUAUUAAUUUUUCUGGUGAAGUGUGUGGGCCUACGACUCUAUCGCUUACAAUUCCGCCCACACUUCGUUUUCUUCGUCUUUUCUCACUCACGUGGAGCCGACGUUCUUGACAAGUGUUUUCCAUUCUCCUCGGUUCCAAACUUCCUUUCACUUUCCCUCAAGUCCUCGUGUACAUAGUUCACCUAUCUUUUUCUUGCUUUUUCUCUUCAUCUGUCACCUCCCACUACCGUUUGUAUCAUUCUCUCGCCAAUAAAGGUGUCGCUCCUUCUCAUGACGUGUCCGUACUAUUGCCGUCUUGUCUUUUGAACUUUGUCUGAUAUCUUCGUCACUUAAUCUUACCGGCUCUGAUGACGCCACAAUUUCUUGUUCACAUUCUCAUUUCAGCCACACCCAUUUACCUUACCAAUAUUCCUUAGUUCUUGCACAUGUUCUCCGGUCCCUACAGCAUUCCAGAUUUCACUGCUGACUUAUACAUCAUUCCUUUAGUUUUCAGAUUUAUUCUUGUAUCACACAAUACACCUGACGACCUUUAAGAGUUCAUCCAACCUUUCUUGUUCUGUGGGCUACUGCCAUACCCGGAUUGCCAUCACGCUGUUGAUCCUGAGUGGUUAAAGCUAUUGACUCUCGUCAGGUAUUGUCUACCAACACAUUGUUACUAAAGCGAAACCCAUGUUUGCUUCCGUGAUCACUCGAUGAUUUGCAUCUGCCCACACGUGGUUGCUGUCGUAAGUUAUUAUCCCAAUCUGUGCGAAUAAUGCCGCAUCAGUAAAUAAAAGCAUGCUGUGAACUUCUGAUCUCCGCCGUACAAUGAAACAUCGCCAACUACACACCAUAUUUUAAGAAGAAGAAAGCACUUAUGCAAGAUAUCAGCCCCACAGAAGGAUCCCGCGUGAAAAUUUGGGCCAUAAAGCUUUUAGUGUGCACUUACGAACUUCUGAAAAUACAGUGUUCAAACUUUCUCGCAGACCAAUUGGAUGUCACUCGCUCCGUCCCACUGAUGUCCGAGUGCGAAGUGUUGUACAGUGGAGUGGCAAUCAGAGCCCUGAUAUCCGUGGGACGUUGAAGGUGAGGGAAGAGGAAUGGGGAGCUGGAUACAUGUUCUCAGCGUGUUUUGAAAUCUCGCUCGAGAAAACACGUCAUGCUACCCGAAAAAUAGUAAUUAAUGUACGUAAUAUGCCAACCUCACACACAAACAGGUUCAACAUCAUUUUAACAACAAUUUCGUAUUGGUAUUUUGCAGCUAUAUAAACGACUACAAACCAUAUAAGACAUGUUGAAAUACGUGAUCCUGCAAAUGUGCUUUAGUUUAACAUUGUCAGCUUUACAACCCAAAGAGAAUAACGUACAAUAGCACUGCACAACUUCUUAAUAACACAUUCAUUCGUUUCAUUCAUUUACACUGAAUUUGUAAACCACAACAUGAAAAUGUUUAAAGCAAAGAGACCUAUGACACCACUACAUGUUACAAACCGCGCACUUUGACGCACUGAGCACACAAUGACACAUUGUUACCUAUGUCAAAACAGUAUUUUACAAACGUCUUUCUCAUUCCACUGUACAGUACUUCGCCUUCAGGCAUUAAGCGGAUGCAGUGGGCCGGAGCUAGUGACAAACCGACUGGUGCGCGCACAUGCUUAAAACCUGUACUUUCGGGUGUAACUGCGUACUAUCGGAAUGACGGCCCAGAUUUUCGUUGCUACAUUUCAGGAUAAUUUUUCAGGACAGUCAAAUUCCACUUUUCACUGUGUGCACGGAAGACUGUGGUCUCACAUACCGCACCUACUGUAAACUCAACAACUAUUUGUAUAAUGUAUUUGCAUCAAACUAUUCGAAAUUCUGUAAUAUCUUUGUAAAUAUUCAUAAACAUGACAAGUUGAAUUCAGCGACCUUAUGUUCCUGUUCCAAAUACGUCUGUCUUGGUUUUCCCCAACUUCUUUAUUUAUUUGAACGAAUAAUCUUGAGGCACCGUGUAUGUCAAGAGCACAAUAUGCAUCUUCACCAUUCACUCUCUGUCUCCCCCCCGCUGGAUGCCCGGUAGCGUGUACAUGACACGUUUUUUCUUGCUUCCCUCCUUCAAAAUUAUAAACUUUGGAGAUCUUUCAUCCGUGUUUCAUCUGUGAAUAUAUCAGCUGACGCUCGAGUUCUCGUCUCCAUAUAUUCUUCCUACUGCUACGUCAUCAUGACAACAGCCACGUUUCUUCAUCGAUGUCAAUAGCUCACUGUCACCUUGAUCGCAUUUCAAAGUAUUUCAUUAAAGUUCUUGUACGUGAGCUGUAACAUUUUUUCGAGAAACGACAACAGAAGGACGUUAAGGUAUUGAUGUGACUCUGUACUGCGUGUGACUGAAUUACGUCUCUCUCCCUGCUCCAAAAUUCGAAGCAUUUGAGCCGUUUCACCGUAUUUUCACCGCGGGAUAUGUCACCUUGUAUUCAUGUUUCCAUCCUUAUGAAUCUACCACUUUUCCUCUCGAUUAAUGUGCCAUGUUAAAGAAUUUUACUAUAAUUACCAGGACUCCAUUUCUAUGUAAAACUGUGAAAUUUUCUGCCUUUACCGCCCUCCAGUGGAAGACUGUCAUCUUAAGUCACAGAUAUUUCGUUUCUCACACGAUCGUUCGUAAUACUGUUUGCCACUUUCAACAAGCUUUGUUUGUGCAUUACUGCAACGUCUCAAACUUGAUGUGUUCUCAGUUCUUUUAACAAUUCUACGAUAUUUCAAUUCCCGACAUCUUAACCGUUCAACGUAGGAAUUCUUUUAUGCCGUUGGAAUCUUUUAUUCCAGCCACUCUGAAAUGUGCAAGGAAAGCGAUGUGCUAGAGCCAUAGUAUUUUUAGUAUGUUCAGUAGAAAUCUUAUCUUGAUAAAAAGCCAUAAUGGAAUACUUUUUCUUUUACUCAAUCGUCUUACAUCAGCUUCCGUUCUUAAAAAUAUAUUUUUUAGAUAAGAAGAUUCGAAUUUUCACUGAAUGUAUGACAGUCACACUAAUACUGUAAUCUGAUAACUGUGUCACAAAUAUAUGCACCUGCAACUUGCACAAAAAAAAAAAAACAAUCGCAACAUGUAUAGUUUAUC